AUGUUCUCUCUCGUCAUUAAAGAAAAAGAAGUUUCAAUACUUAUUAAGCAAAGAGCUCCUAGAUCUUUACCAUCUAGUCCUGCAAGGCAUGUUGAAGAAAUAAUUAUUACAAAGAGUGGGUCUAGUUCAAAAUCGAAACCAAGAGUCAAAAUAGCAUGGGGGAAUGAACAAGGUACUUCAGGGUUUGAUGGACUUAUAGGAGAAUUGGAUUAUGAUAACUAUGAUUCUCAGGGUAUAACACCAGUUACUCACACAGAGCAGCCAUCGCUUCAUACAAAUAAAUAUGCAGAUAGAGAAAGCAGUCUAGAUGUAUUGCAAGAAAUAUUUGCUAAAACUAAAAGAAGAAAAUGCAAUUUUUGUGAAAAAAAUUGUCAGCGUGCAGAGCGGUACCAAGCUGAAAGGAAUGAUUCUCUGUAUGACAUUGAAAGACAUAAAGAAACCAUUCAAAAGCUUGAAAAUGAACUGAAAGAUAGUAAUUUUUAUGCUACAUAUUACCAGGAGAAGUGUGAAGAAACUAACCAGACAAUGAACAAUCUGACAAUAUUGUAUAAUAAAACAUGUCAAAAGCUGAAUGCUGCAGAGGACACAAUUGAAGAUCUGAAACAGAAUUUUGAAAAAUCAGAACAUAGUAGACUUCAGAUUGAAAACCAUACCUUGCACAGAACAAUUAGUAAUUUAAAAGCAGCUGUAGAUGAACAAACGAAAAUUAAGGAGAGUUUUGAGGAAAAAUUAAAAGAUUCAUUAAAAGCAAUAGAUGAAGACAAACAGGAAGUACAAAGAUACAAGAAAGCUAGAAAUGAAGAUAAAGUUAAAUAUGACAAAGUUGUAAGAAAAAAUGAGGACAUUAGUAGGCAGUUAGAAAGCAUAAGAAGUGAAAAAGAUGAACUUAGGAAUCAACUACAGAAAAGUAAACAUUCAGCUGAAAUAGAAAAGCAAAAGUCAAAGAAACUAAUUGAGGAGCUUAGAAAUAAGAUUAAGGUCCUGAAGGAAAGGAAUGCUAGUUUGCAGGAUGUUGAGGGACAGUGCAGUGCUUUAUUAAAACAGAGGGACCAAGAAAGCCUGGAAAAAGAAAGGAUUCAAAAGAAGAAACUAUACAAAGAAAAUGAAGCAUUGAGGAAUGAGCAGAACAGACUUGAACAACAGUUAAAAACAGUUGAUUUUGAUAGGAAUGAGAUUGACCAGAAGAAUAUAGAGUUGGUUUCACUUAGAAAAAAGUUCAAAAUAGUUGAAGAAAAGCUAACAUUCAGUUUAGAAGACAAUACAAUAUUGCAAAGUGAUAUCGAUAGAGUGAAGAAGCAUCUUGAAGAAACAAAAAAUCAGUUAUCUGAAUCUGAAGCAAGAUAUAUUGGAGUUGGCAGUAAAUCAGAUACAGAAAAAGAAAAUGCCACACUGAGAUUGGAAGUCUCAGAUGCAGUAAAAGAUGUAGUAACAAUAAGAGAACAGUAUGGUGUUCUUUCAAAUCAAUGUGAUGAACAAAAGAAAAAAUUAAAAAUUGAAAUUGAAAAUUUGCAGCAAGACAAUCUUCAUUUAGAACAUGAAAAAUCUGACUUGAAAGCUAAGUUGGAAUCACUGCAACAGAAAUCAAAUCUUUUUAAAUCCAAUCAACUUGGUAAAAAGAAUUUAUAUGAUGAAAAAAUGGAAAACCUUGUCCAGCAAAAACUACAAUUAGAAAAUGACAAAGGACGUUUGGGAAACAAAGUAUACUCACUUGAAAAUGAAAAGAUUGAAAUACAAGAAAGGUCAGAAAGACUUGAGUAUGAAAGGACAUGUCUUGAGAACAUAAGAUCAGAAAAUGAAGGUUUAAAAGCGUCUUUGGCAGUUUGUAAAAGUGAAUUAGAGGAGUAUAAAGAAAAGCAAGUAUUAAAAAUGAUAACAAAAAUGGUUGAGCAGUACAAAAUAGAAACCGCUAUUAGAAUAAGUACUGAUGGUAUAACCAAACAGAACCAGGAUGAAAAUGACAGAUUAAGAAAAGAGAGAAAUUCAGCUAGAAAUGAGUUGCAUAGAGUAAUUAGGGAAAAAGAAGACAUUUCAAAACACUUCAAUGCUGAAGUGAAUAUUGCUAAAGCAGAAUAUGAGACCAAAGAUAGAGAAAAGAGUGAAUUGCUUGAUUUGUUUAAGAUGGAAAAAGGCAGAUUAGAACUUGAAAUUGAAACACUUAAAUCAAGGCUAGUAGCAGGAGCAGCUCAACAUGGUACAUAUGAAGUGAUGCAGCUGAAACAGGAUUUAGAGACUUGCAAGCUUCAGAAAAAAUCUGUAGAAAAUGAUCGUGAUGAUCUGCAAAAAGAUAUUGUUGAACUUGAGAAGCAAUUACAAUCCAGGAGUAUGAACUCAAGUUUACGAGAGUUGGAGGAUGAAAGGAACACAGAUAAUCUUCAGAGGCAAAUUAAGGAUUUUGAAGAUAGGUACAAUAAUGCUACCACUGAAUUACAUAAAGCUGAGAAAAAGAUUAAAGAUCUUAAUGAAGUUAUUAAAAAGCAGGAGGAGGAAAACAGAGAUGUAAAUGUAAAACUGAUCAAGUCAGAAAAAGAAAAGAAAGAUUUAGAGAAUCGGUUGAGGUUUAGUGGUUCACAAAUACAAGUGGAAUUGGAUCGAAAGAAGGAAGAGUUGGAUGUACUCAGAGGAAGACUUCUCACUGAUGAAGAAAAGGUAGUGCAAAGUAGAAAAGAAAAAAACACACUACAGAGGGAAAAUGAAGAUUUGAAACAGACUUUAAACAAUUUAUCCAGGCAACUCAAACAGUCUGAAGAUAGCUUAAGAUCCCCCUACAUAUUUGUUUUUCACAGGUUUAAAGAAUUAUUAGAUUCAAAGCAGAGUUCACAGGUUCUACAGAAUCAGGUGCAGGAUUUGCACAAGGAUAUCUCAGAAUUGAACAAAAGAAUUAAGAACAGUAAAGAAGAAAACAUUGGUAUACAGAAAGAGAAUACAAAACUAAAAGAAGAUGUUCAGAAAUUAUUUAUUCAACUUGAAGAAUCAGUGUCAAGGUUAAAAAUCAGCAAGGAUGAAACAUCUUCCUUCCAGAAAAAUAAUGCAGAACUUGAAAGACUACUGCAAGAAAAAUCAAAGCAACUAAAAUCAUUAGACGCAAGGUUCCGAGAUAUAUCAGGUUCAAUAGAAAAUGCAGAAGACCUUCAGAGAAGAAUUAAUACUCUAGAGCUUGAAAUGUCACAAUUAAAUACAAAAUUAUCUGUCAUAAAGGAUGAGAACUUGACAUUACAAAAAGACAAUAAAGAUUUGAAAAACAGAGUUCAAGAAAAAUCAAAACAAUUGAAAACGGCUGAAGAAAGGUUGCAAGAGAAUUCAAGAGAAUUUGAAGGAAUGCAUUCAUUAAAAAGAAGGCUAGAAAACCUACAGACAGACAAUGCAGAGUUAGAAAACAGAUGCAGACACAAGGAUGGCUUAUUGCAAAAAGCAGAUUCAAAUGCACAAAAGAUGAAAAAGGAUCAUCAGGAAUUGCAGACUCAAAUGAUUUCUCAAAAACAGAAUUAUGACACACUUAAAAAUAAACUUGAAUCCUUUAAGGACAAGAAUAUAGAACUUGAGGACAGACUGAGACGGCGUUCUCCUGUAGUAGUUGCUGAACCAAAGAAUUGCCAAAACUGCUUUAAGUAUAGAAAUGAUAUAUCUGAUCUAAAGAGGGAAAUCAAUGACUUAAGGGACAGACUAAGUGAGGCUGCUGGCAAUAAGCUCAGAGAUAACAAUCCAAACAUUGCAGACUUGAGUGAUAUGAACCGUCCAACUUCAUUAGCAGAGAAAUUCUCAUCAUUGUACACAGAUGAAUACACAGAUGCUAUGGAAGUUAUUGAAGACGCUAUGGAUGAGGCAGCUUCCGUCAAGGUCAUGCUUGAUUGGUUAAAGAAAUGUUAUGAAUGGUGUCAAAGAUUAGCCAAGGAACAAAGAGAAACCCUGAUAAACAGAUCUAUUGGAUUUAUGCAGGAACAUGGUGGACAGAAAGUAGUUUUAUCUGACAGAUGUCUUAUUUUCGUGAAGGAGUUUCAGAAGAAAAUAGCAGUAGAGAGUUUGGCAGUUGUUGGACAAAUAUGCCAUGUGAAGAGUGUUACACAACAAACUUUAUCCAGUGAGAACUACAUUGUAAAAUAUAUCAAGAAAUGUUCUGAACUUUGUUGGAUGAUGCAGAUAUCAGAUCCACCUCUGUAUUUAAAUUUUGAUGUGAAUUCAGGAGAAAACUUAAACAAAAAUGACUACAAUGUAUUUACAAAAAGUGGCAGCAAAAUUGAUUAUUUAGUGUGGCCUGUUUUAUAUCUACACAAAACUGGACCAAUGUUGGCUAAAGGUGUGGCACAAGGAAAAUAACUGAUGAUGUGAUAACAUUUGUAGAUUUUUAGGAUUUUAUAAUAAUGAAUGAUAAAUGUUUGUGGGGAAAAGUUAUAAAUAAAGAGGGUUGCCAUCCAUCAAAAUAAUGUUUAACACAUGAAAGUUACUGAUUAUACAAAUUAUACAUGAUUGAUAAAGUAGAAAGAAAAAAAGGGAAGGGAAAAUCAAAUUAGACAUGAGAAUUCAAAGAUUUAAUUUUGAAAUUACUGGUGUGUUUCAAAAUUAAUUAUUGAAAUGACAUUUACAUUUGAUAGUAAUUGAAUAAUGUAUAGAAAUCUAAUCAGUGUAUGCUAAAGG